AUGCGGUGCGACCGAGGCUUCUUGAGCAAUGUGCCUUGGGUCUGGGCGGGGGCCUUCCUGACCAUCCUGUCGUCCCUCGCAUCUUCAGCGUGUAUACCGGAUGUACCUAGUGUCUUGCUCUCCGACCCCGCCGUCCUGCAGAAUGAGGCUGUGACAGCGGCUUUGGCAGAGGUUCAGCGGAACCUCUCCAGUCUGUUCAUCAACACAAGCAGCGAUGGCCUCAGCUUCGCCGUUGUCCACGCCUCCGAGCCAGGUCUUGCCCUCGCGUUCAACCACGGCAGCCUCAAGAUGAAUGACACCUCUGAAACGGCCAACAUUACCAGCGAUUCAGUUUUCCGCAUCGCAUCUGUCUCCAAGAACUUGGCCGCCUUCUCCGCUCUCGUGCUACAAAAUGCCAGCCGCGAAUUGUCUGCAAUGAACCCCGAAGUCCAGCCCCUGAGUCUAGACAUGCCUGUCCGUGCAGUCCUUCCCGCGUUUAGCCUCCCAGACGAAGACUGGCGGAACGGCGGGAGCGAGAUCACAAUCUCAAUGCUGGGGACUCACAGUUCCGGUCUGCCCAGGGAGGGCUACUCGACCGACUUCAACAUGGUGACUGCCCUAAGCCGAGCAAAUGCGGCCAACAUCGGCGCCGAAUUCGCUUCCGUUACUCCAGACGGGGUGCUGCAGUACUUCAGCGGGCGUAACUUGAUGUUUGCGCCGGGUCAGAGGGCAGCGUACUCCAAUGCUGGCUUUGCGAUCCUCGGUGCUGCUGUGGCUAGCUAUCGCAAUGAUAUAGUGGGAACCAGCGAUUCCUGGGCCGAGUAUGUCCAGCAAGAUAUCUUCGGCCCACUGGGUAUGAAUCGUUCAUUUUUCGGAAUACCUCCCCCCAAUAUUGCCGACGAUGUCGCCGUCCCAGGCGUUGACAACUGGGUCGAUCUCAUCAUGGAUGGGUACAACCCUGCAGCUGGGAUGUGGUCCUCUGCAGCUGAUCUCUCCGCCUACCUCCACCAGGUCUGGUUGUCGCCCGCACCUCGCCUCAUCACGCCUACCCAGCGGCGUCAGUCCCUCCAGCCUCGCCUUUACCUCCCCGAUGGAAAGCAACAGGUAGGCUUCGGAUGGGAGAUCGCCGUUACAUCCAGCGAAAACAAGACUUACAAUAUCUACGGUAAGUCCGGCGACGCGGCUGGCUCUCAUGCCUGGAUCGAUGUCGUGCCGAAUCUCGGCUAUGGGCUCGUCAUCCUCUCCCAGGAGUCGGGUGACCUAAACCGCACCAGGAUAUCGCCCACCGCUGUCCGAGACACAGUCCACGAGAUCCUGAUCCCGGCGUUCGAAACCGCCCUGGCCGAUGUCAUGAGCCAGCGGUUCGCGGGCAACUAUACGGUUGCUGUCGACUCCGGCCUGAUAUCCGAUGAAGUCGCCACCACCUCGUCGGCUGCGGGCACAAGCCCCCAGUCCUAUGCCCUUCUCGAGGUCGAGAACGGGAGCCUCUUCAUCCGCGCCCUCCUCGUCAACGGGACGGACGCCCUCGAGGGCAUCGACAGGCUGGGCUGGGGGCCUAAUGAGACCGACGGCGCGCGCUUCUUCUCCGCGCCGGGCGUGGGGUCCGAAUUGAAUCCGUCAGAGGGGGCGGGCGAGGCCUCGCAGCUGGGGGAGGGUGCGACAGUGUGGCGGUUGAUGCCGGUGUUGGAUGAGUGCGAUUGGUUCGACUUUGAUGGAUAUACGGACCAGAACGGGUGGUCGCUCAGCAAGGUCGCCCUGGUGGAGAAGGAUUGGGGUGGUGUCGAGUUACACUAUCCGCCUUUUGAUAUUGUACUGAUGAGAUCUGAAGUGACAUGA